AUGAAUCAAAUUAGAUAUAAUAUCCACUUGUUAAAUUUGACUUCACUGGUACAUGAUAUUCAAAUGUUUAAUUCGACUUCAAAUUCAAGCAGUAAUAACGUAGUACCGGAAGAGAUAUAUGUAUUUUUAGGAGUUUAUUUAUCUGUGAUAUGUUUCGUUGGUAUUUUAGGGAAUAGCACUGCUCUGUUUGUCUUUUUCAAACAUGCACACCUUCGGACACGGAUCAAUGUAUUCAUCAUAGCACUUCUGAUCAACGAUUUGAUUAUGUGUGUAUUUGGCAUUCCUUUAUCUGCGGCAUCAAAUUUUUAUGGAUAUUUUGUAUGGGACUUCUCAGUGUGUGUAUUUCAAGGAUUUAUAAUGUAUUUUGGGAGUAUGAGUAGCAUGUAUAUUUUAAGUGCCAUUUCAUUAAGUAGAUACAUUGUUAUAACCAGACAAAUGUCCACCGUAGUUGUUAACAACACAGUAAGCGGCAUGAUGCUGGCAUUUUGUUACAUUUUAGGAUUAUUUUGGAGCGGAAUACCGUUUUCGGGAUGGACACGAUAUGAGUAUGAGGCUAUAGGAACCACAUGUUCAGUAGCUUUGGAUAGUGCGGACUUCUAUGUGCUGAGUUACAAUAUUUGUAUAUUUGUAUUUUGUUACUUGGUCCCAGUACUAACAAUGAUAUUUUGUUACUGUAAGAUCAUUCAGACGAUUCGAAGUACAAACAAAAAUUCAGUAUGGGGAAAGCAUAGCAGAAUAUUGCAGAAUAAGUUGAAACUUGAAAAGAAGCUAAUGAAAACUGUUAUACUAAUGAUUGAAACAAUAGAUGGCAAAAACAUCUUUCAUUCAAUGGCACAGGCAGUUUUCAAAGUCAGUAAUUCCAAAGAAUCGUCUAUUGAACCGGUUAAGAUAAAACCUGGUAAUGAGAGAUCGUUGACACUGACCGAGGAUGCCAUGUCCAUGAUGAAUUGUGUUUUGCAAGUAAGUUCGUUGCUAUGCUGUGCUUUCUUACUUUCAUGGACACCAUACGCAAUUGUUGCAUUCUGGAGAGCAUUUGGAUUUGGAAGUGUUCCAGUCAUAGCCAGUGGAAUUCCUGCGAUUCUUGCUAAAACGUCAGCUAUAUGGAAUGUUUUUAUUUAUACGUUCAGUAAUACACAAUUUAGAGAUGCUUUAUACCAGUUGAUUCCAUGUCAGGAUUUACGAAAGAAAAUGAUUCCGUCAAAUGACACUUCUGAAUCACCAGAUAAAACUAACCAACCUAGUGGUGCUCAAAGGAAAGAGUUGCUCACAUGCAGUGAUGAUAAUGAAUGCAUACAACUGGAGAAAGUAGAAACAUAAGGCUAAAAUAUAACAUACAAAUUGCGGUCUAAAGAGAGAAAAAUGGAAUAAAUCCUUUAAAAAUGUUUAGUAGCAUUUUCAGCUACGCAGUCAUGUUUACAGUUAUUUAUUUGUUUGACUUCUUGAA